GGUAGUGUUUCUGAUUGGUUGAGCUGGUGGAUUUGAAAAUUGAACAGUUGUGGUGCGGAGUUAUUGGAAAGAGAAGCGGAGCUGGGAACAAUGCCUGCAAGGCGGAAAGCAACUGGUCGCAAAAAGAAUGCACUGGAAUUAAAGAAGUAUGAAAAGCUCCAGGCUUUCCUGAAGGAUUUUGACAUUGAAGUUGAUCGGCGGAAGAGAGAGAUGGAAAAAGCAAUGAACAAUCUUCUCAUCACAGUAGAUGCUUACUACAGCCGUGCAAUUAUGAAACUUCCAUUGGCUGUUAGACAGAUGGAUUUCCAGGAUUACCUUGCUAUGGGUGGAAGCGCAAAGGCAGUAGCUGAAGUUGAACAAAAACGUAUUGAUGCUGCCUGUUUGGAAAUUGAAGCAAUAGAAUCUGAAAUCUUGAAAGAUGCUGCAUCACUGAGGAUAACCAAAAAACGUAAAAACAAAGCAAAGAAUGACACUGAUGGAGUUGUAAGUGAAGAUGAAAAUGUUCCCCCUUCGACCAAAAUCUUUCGAAAGGGUAAAAAUGGUGUAACCCUCUCCGUUAAAAGUAGACCUCCAUCAGCAUGUGCCACAGGCACUCGGACUAGAAGAACCAGCCGAACCAAGGUCCUCCAUUCUUCAAGUAAUAGUGAUAUAUGGGGACCCACACCAUUGAUAACGCCUAAAUUUGAUUCACGGUUGCCGAAAACGACAACUCGCUUACGAAAAAUGGGGGAGCGUGUAUUUAGCUUUUCGGGAAGCCCGCUCGCCGAACCCAGAGAAAUGACCAUCAAUAUCCCAACUGAGGAUGGACAGAAUAUCCAAUUUCUGGCCAGCAAAAUAAACAAUACAGAUUUAACUCAACUGGAUGACAAGACAUUUAAAAGUUUUGAGCAACUAUCUCGUCAGCUCAAUGAAAUCUUGAAGACAAGAAAAUGAAACACUGGAGAUGCCAGCAUUCUAUUUGUGUGAAUGCUUGUUUAAAGUAUGACAUGAUUAUAAUAUGGUUUGAUGGUGAUUAAAACUGUUUUUGUUAAAA